GUCUCUAUGCAUCUCUCUUCCUCACUCUCUCUCUCUCUCGUGUGUGUCUCUAUGCAUCUCUCUUCCUCACUCUCUCUCUCUCUCUCUCUCUCUCUAUCUCUCGUGUGUGUCUCUAAUCAUCUCUCUUCCUCACUCUCUCUCUCUCUCUCUCUCUCUAUCUCUCGUGUGUGUCUCUAUGCAUCUCUCUUCCUCACUCUCUCUCUCUCUCUCUCGUGUGUGUCUCUAAUCAUCUCUCUUCCUCACUCUCUCUCUCUCUCUCUCUCGUGUGUGUCUAUGCAUCUCUCUUCCUCACUCUCUCUCUCUCUCUCUCUAUCUCUCGUGUGUGUCUCUAUGCAUCUCUCUUCCUCACUCUCUCUCUCUCUCUCUCUCGUGUGUGUCUCUAUGCAUCUCUCUUCCUCACUCUCUCUCUCUCUCUCUCUAUCUCUCGUGUGUGUCUCUAUGCAUCUCUCUUCCUCACUCUCUCUCUCUCUCUCUCUCGUGUGUGUCUCUAUGCAUCUCUCUUCCUCACUCUCUCUCUCUCUCUCUCUCGUGUGUGUCUCUAUGCAUCUCUCUUCCUCUCUCUCUCUCUCUCUCUCUCUCUCGUGUGUGUCUCUAUGCAUCUCUCUUCCUCACUCUCUCUCUCUCUCUCGUGUGUGUCUCUAUGCAUCUCUCUUCCUCACUCUCUCUCUCUCUCUCUCUCUCUCUCUCGUGUGUGUCUCUAUGCAUCUCUCUUCCUCACUCUCUCUCUCUCUCUCUCUAUCUCUCGUGUGUGUCUCUAAUCAUCUCUCUUCCUCACUCUCUCUCUCUCUCUCUCGUGUGUGUCUCUAUGCAUCUCUCUUCCUCACUCUCUCUCUCUCUCUAUCUCGUGUGUGUCUCUAAUCAUCUCUCUUCCUCACUCUCUCUCUCUCUCUCUCGUGUGUGUCUCUAUGCAUCUCUCUUCCUCACUCUCUCUCCCUCUCUCUCUCGUGUGUGUCUCUAUGCAUCUCUCUUCCUCACUCUCUCUCUCUCUCUCUCUCGUGUGUGUCUCUAUGCAUCUCUCUUCCUCACUCUCUCUCUCUCUCUCUCUCUCGUGUGUGUCUCUAUGCAUCUCUCUUCCUCACUCUCUCUCUCUAUCUCUCGUGUGUGUCUCUAUGCAUCUCUCUUCCUCACUCUCUCUCUCUCUCUAUCUCUCGUGUGUGUCUCUAUGCAUCUCUCUUCCUCUCUCUCUCUCUCUCUCUCUCGUGUGUGUCUCUAUGCAUCUCUCUUCCUCACUCUCUCUCUCUCUCUCUCGUGUGUGUCUCUAUGCAUCUCUCUUCCUCACUCUCUCUCUCUCUCUCUCGUGUGUGUCUCUAUGCAUCUCUCUUCCUCACUCUCUCUCUCUCUCUCUCGUGUGUGUCUCUAUGCAUCUCUCUUCCUCACUCUCUCUCUCUCUCUCUCUCUCGUGUGUGUCUCUAUGCAUCUCUCUUCCUCACUCUCUCUCUCUCUCUCGUGUGUGUCUCUAUGCAUCUCUCUUCCUCACUCUCUCCCUCUAUCUCUCGUGUGUGUCUCUAUGCAUCUCUCUUCCUCACUCUCUCUCUCUCUCUCUCUCUCGUGUGUGUCUCUAUGCAUCUCUCUUCCUCACUCUCUCCCUCUAUCUCUCGUGUGUGUCUCUAUGCAUCUCUCUUCCUCACUCUCUCUCUCUCUCUCUCUCGUGUGUGUCUCUAUGCAUCUCUCUUCCUCACUCUCUCUCUCUCUCUCGUGUGUGUCUCUAUGCAUCUCUCUUCCUCACUCUCUCUCUCUCUCUCUCUCUCUCUCGUGUGUGUCUCUAUGCAUCUCUCUUCCUCACUCUCUCUCUCUCUCUCUCGUGUGUGUCUCUAUGCAUCUCUCUUCCUCACUCUCUCUCUCUCUCUCUCGUGUGUGUCUCUAUGCAUCUCUCUUCCUCACUCUCUCCCUCUAUCUCUCGUGUGUGUCUCUAUGCAUCUCUCUUCCUCACUCUCUCCCUCUAUCUCUCGUGUGUGUCUCUAUGCAUCUCUCUUCCUCACUCUCUCCCUCUAUCUCUCGUGUGUGUCUCUAUGCAUCUCUCUUCCUCACUCUCUCCCUCUCUCUCUCGUGUGUGUCUGUAUGCAUCUCUCUUUAUCUCUCGUGUGUGUCUCUAUGCAUCUCUCUUCCUCACUCUCUCCCUCUCUCUCUCGUGUGUGUCUCUAUGCAUCUCUCUUCCUCACUCUCUCCCUCUCUCUCUCGUGUGUGUCUGUAUGCAUCUCUCUCUCUCUCUCGUGUGUGUCUCUAUGCAUCUCUCUUCCUCACUCUCUCCCUCUCUCUCUCGUGUGUGUCUCUAUGCAUCUCUCUUCCUCACUCUCUCUCUCUCUCGUGUGUGUCUGUAUGCAUCUCUCUCUCUCUCUCGUGUGUGUCUCUAUGCAUCUCUCUUCCUCACUCUCUCCCUCUCUCUCUCGUGUGUGUCUCUAUGCAUCUCUCUUCCUCACUCUCUCUCUCUAUCUCUCGUGUGUGUCUGUAUGCAUCUCUCUCCCUCACUCUCUCCCUCUCUCUCUCGUGUGUGUCUGUAUGCAUCUCUCUCUCUCUCUCGUGUGUGUCUCUAUGCAUCUCUCUUCCUCACUCUCUCUCUCUAUCUCUCGUGUGUGUCUGUAUGCAUCUCUCUCUCUCUCUCGUGUGUCUGUAUGCAUCUCUCUCUCUCUCUCGUGUGUGUCUGUAUGCAUCUCUCUUCCUCACUCUCUCCCUCUCUCUCUCUCUCGUGUGUGUCUGUAUGCAUCUCUCUCCCUCACUCUCUCCCUCUCUCUCUCUCUCGUGUGUGUCUGUAUGCAUCUCUCUCCCUCACUCUCUCCACUUUGUGUUGCAGAUGAACACCAGGCUAAAGCAGAUUGAGAAGGAAUACAGUCAGAAGCUUGCCAAGUCUGCUCAGUUGACAGCGGAGCUGCAGACGUCAGUGUGUGCUGCUAAGGAGGAAGGGUUGCGGCAGCAGCAGGAGAAUGAGAGACAGUUGAAGGAGGCUACAGCUCGCUGGGAUGAUGAGAGGAGGCAGAUGAGCCGCCACACAGACACUAAGAACAAGGUCAAGUUUCAUGGACAUUCUGCAAAGGACACUACUAUAUAGUAGACAUCAGUAGUGCACGCCACAAAGUCUGUUAAAGUCACUACAAAGUGCACACUACUGAGCCUCAAGGUAAAAGAUAAACCGCUGGACAUCUGUCCAUCUCCCAAACUGUCACUGUUGAUCAGUACUACACUCUUUAUUGUGUGGAGGACAUUUAUCAAUGUCCAAGAUGGCAGACAUCUUGUGUUGUGUUCACCAGUUAGUUGGGUCAGGAUAUAAUACAGUUCAGUACAGGCUCAGCUGAAUCAACAUCACAGACACAAUAUUACAUUUGAUUAAAUAGUGCUUGUCCAAAACUUUUGUUGAAAAACAGCAAGUGAGAGAACAUGGGUAAGUUGACAUAUAAAUACGUCCCAAGAUGUACACCCAUUGGUUGAGAGAGAGGAAGGUGAUGAUUGCAAGAGUGAGCCCAUAGGUUGACCAGUCAGUGUGAGGAAUGUGCAUUACUGGACCGUGCUGAUAGGCUGAAGGUAAAUGGGUGAAUGCCAUUCCUCACAUGGCUAACAGGAAACAGGAGAAGGAACAAGAGGCCAUGCUGAUGACAUGUUUGUCUUCAUUCCCACUAUGCCUGUAGAAUAGAAAACAAAGUGAAUUGUGUUCUGCUUCCAGGACGAAGUGAAACAAGUCUUCAGACCAGCCUUCCUGAUUGAACUGUUGUAACUACAUUACACUGUGUUGGUAGUUUGUUAAGGCUGAGGCUCCUCCUUGGCUUAAAGCCCUCAGUUCUCCUGCCCCCUCAGUGUUGAACUGUUGUAACUACAUUACACUGUGUUGGUAGUUUGUUAAGGCUGAGGCUCCUCCUUGGCUUAAAGCCCUCAGUUCUCCUGCCCCCUCAGUGUUGAACUGUUGUAACUACAUUACACUGUGUUGGUAGUUUGUUAAGGCUGAGGCUCCUCCUUGGCUUAAAGCCCUCAGUUCUCCUGCCCCCUCAGUGUUAGUAACCAGUCUGAGUCCCAGGGAGGGGCCGACUGGCUGCUUAACUUUACACCCCAGCCCAGACACACUCAGUUCCCCGGUCUGGCCAGAAUACUUUUAUAGACUAGACACACGUCCCCUCUCCUUUGUGAGAGGGCUUUAAACCCAGGUCACAGUUGAAAUGUAUGUGCUUUGUCAUUUUUUAUGAUGGUUUCAACUCUAACCCCCAUACUCUGACACACACACACACACUAACCCCCAUAGUCUCUCUCUCUCUCUCUCUCUCUCUCACACACACACACACACACACACACACACACACACACACACACACACACACACACACACACACACACACACACACUCACUAACCCCCAUAGUCUCUCUCUCUCUCUCACACACACACACACACACACACACACACACACACACACACACACACACACACACACACACACACACACACACACUAACCCUCAUAGUCUCUCUCACACACACCCGAAUAACACACACACACACACACACACACACACACACACGCACACACACUCCUGGGUUUGGUGGUUGGGAUGCUCUUUAAGUGUCUCGUAUGUUCUCUGUCUGGGGUGAGGCAGUCCUUUAAACCAGCCUGCUACUGCUGCAGUGCUCUUUAUCUUUCUGAGCAACCCCUCUCUGUAUCCCUUCUUAUUCCCUUCUGCCUUUAUUUCCUUCUUUCUCCUUCCUCAUUCUUUCCCUAUUCUCUUUAUCUUUCUGAGCAACCCCUCUCUGUAUCCCUUCUUAUUCCCUUCUGUCUUUAUUUCCUUCUUUCUCCUUCCUCAUUCUUUCCCUAUUCUCUUUAUCUUUCUGAGCAACCCCUCUCUGUAUCCCUUCUUAUUCCCUUCUGUCUUUAUUUCCUUCUUUCUCCUUCCUCAUUCCAUCCCUGUCUCUGCACUCCUUGCACAUUUUCCAAACUCCAUCCAUCUGUCGUGGAUGUCAGGGGUUUGUUCAAUAAGUUGUUACAGAUCUAAUGCAUAGAAUGAUUGUAAUAUGUAUGAACCGUGGGUCCAUUCUGUGCAGAGCAUUUCUGUAUUCAACACCUUAUCGGAUAAACCUCUGCGCCAUUCGAAUAAAUGGCAUGCAGCAUUCAAAUAACGUCCCUGCAACCUUCUGCCCAGCUGAACUAGCCCCUAUACAGGACCACUUAUUUCAACUGGGACGUGAAACUCCAGUAGCCUGACAGUGACACUGUGGUAGUUGUCUGGGUGUGUCUCUCUCUAGUUGAAUUGUCUGGGAUGGAGGUUUCUUUUUAAAGGCUGACCCUCUCUGCACUGUUUGUAGGAGCAGACUUCCAUUUAAAUCCUCUUUCCUCCAGACACCCAGUCCCCACUCUCCCCCGUAGCCCAGUGAGGGGCACUCAUUUCUGGGUAGGCUCUGCAGGAGGCCGGCCUGCCCCGGGUUAAAUAAGCCACCCGGCGGCUCCGCACCACCACACCUAGAAUGUGAGAAAUGACAAGUGUUGCGAUCCGAACACCUCUGUGACUGACGGACAGUGUGGGGUAAUACAGGGCUGGUCUGGACUGGUCCGGUCUCUGCCCCUGGAGUCUGUGUUCUUCUGCUGGUGUAGCUUUCUCUGGUCAGCCACACACAUUCCAGAUACACACAUACUCAUACAUGGUACCUCUCUCUCUCUCUCUCACUAACCCUCUCACAAACACACAAUAUGUCACACAAACUCCCUGUGUGUGUAUGAGGCAGCAGCCCAGGGUGUGUGUGUGUGUGUGUGUGUGUGUGUGUGUGUGUGUGUGUGUGUGUGUGUGUGUGUGUGUGUGUGUGUGUGUGUGUGUGUGUGUGUGUGUGUGUGUGUGUGUGUGUGUGUGUGUGUGUGUCUCUCCUAUCUCCAGUGUUAGCAGCAGACAAAGCUCUGUCUAUUAUCUAUCUCAUUAUUACCAUCCCACAGUACUAACCAUCCACUAAUGGGCCUCCAAUUAACCAAUGACUUGUUGAUUAAAGUCCAGACGCCACAGAGAAUGAGAGGAGGGAGGGGGAGAGAGACGGGUGAAACAGAGAAUGAGAGAAGGGAGGGGAGAGAGACGGGUGAAACAGAGAAUGAGAGAAGGGAGGGGAGAGAGACGGGUGAAACAGAAUGAGAGGAGGGAGGGGGAGAGAGACGGGUGAAACAGAAUGAGAGGAGGGAGGG